AGCUCCGAAGCAGCAGAGUGAGUCUGAAGCAGGAGAGUGAGACUGAAGCAGGAGAGUGAGUCUGAAGCAGGAGAGGAAGGUUGAAGCAGCAGAGGAAGGUUGAAGCAGCAGAGGAAGGUUGAAGCAGCAGAGGAAGGUUGGGACUAACUGAAGGUUCCGCUCAUGAAAAUGACUUUGACACGCAGUUGACGCGGCAGGCGCCUGGUUUCGGUCGCCGCUCGGGUGGAGAUAAAAAGAGCAGAGAAGGUGUUCCGGUGUCUGGGUGUCGGUGUGUGUGUAUGUGUGUGUGAGUGAGAGAGAGAGAGUGUGUGUGAGAGUGUGUGUGUGUGAGAGAGUCGGCGAUGCGCCGCUGCGUGUGGCCCGAGCCGCUGUCCCCGGCGCAGCUGAAGCGGCUGGAGGAGCACAAGUACAGCGCCGCGGGUCGCUCCUUACUGGAGCCUCCGUGUCAGAUAUACUGGAACUGGUUAGUGCAGCAGAUCCCGACGUGGCUCGCGCCGAACACGCUGACCAUCACGGGUCUCAUUAUCAACGUGUUGACGACCAUCAUCCUGGUGUUUUACUGCCCCACUGCCACAGAGGAGGCUCCAUCAUGGGCUUUUUUUCUCAGCGCAUUAGGUCUCUUUAUCUACCAGUCACUAGACGCUAUUGAUGGGAAACAAGCCCGGCGGACCAAUAGCAGCUCGGCUCUGGGAGAACUCUUUGACCAUGGCUGUGAUGCAGUCUCUACAGUUUUUGUGGCUGUGGGAACAUGUAUAUGUGCUGGCAUUGGCAGUUACCCUAACUGGAUGUUUUUCUGCGGCUUUGUGGGCAUGUUCAUGUUCUUCUGCGCACACUGGCAGACCUAUGUGUCUGGGACACUACGCUUUGGCAUUGUUGAUGUGACUGAGGUCCAGAUCGCCAUUAUAAUCAUGUACCUGAUGUCCACCUUCGGGGGAGUAAGCCUUUGGGAGACUACGUUGCCGGUGCUUGGCAUUAAAUUGCAAACGUUCCCGAUCCUGGGCAUCAUCGGGGGAUUUCUGUUGUCAACCUACAACUACUUCUUGGUCAUCCUGAGCGGCGGCGUGGGCAAAAACGGCUCCACCGUGGCAGACACCAGUGUGUUGUCUCCUGGCCUGCACAUAGGCCUCAUCCUUACCCUGGCCUUCAUCAUCUUUAAGAAGUCCUCCAGCCAGCUGUUUGAACAUCAUCCCUGUCUCUACAUCCUCACCUUCGGCAUGGUCAUCGCCAAGAUUUCCAACAAACUGGUGGUUGCUCACAUGACCAGGAGCGAGCUUCAUCUCAGUGACACAGCCUUCAUCGGCCCCAGCCUCCUCUUCCUCAAUCAAUACUUCAACAGCUUUAUUAAUGAAUAUAUUGUCCUCUGGAUUGCUUUGACCCUGUCUGUGGUGGACCUGACACGUUACUGCACAGGUGUAUGUCUGCAGAUCGCCUCCCACCUGCACAUCCGAGUGUUCAGCAUCACUCCACAAGGCCACGCCCACAGAGACUGACAAUUUGCCCGGCGGGAGGAGGAGGCGGGGCCAAGCGAAGAUGCUGCCCCGCUUCUCAAACCAGAGCAGGAGAACCAAACCCACAGCAGCCUUGACAGUGUUGAGACCAUUAACUAAGACACCUGAACUGAAGCAUUUACACUCGGCCAGUUUUGAGUUUGCCAAACCACUGGAUAAGAAUCAUACAUGCAGAUACAGAAAACACACCUGGGUGCUAUCUUCUGCCUGUCUGGAAACAGAGCAAUGCAUCACAAUUUGAAUAACUGAAAACUCACCAAAUUCAUUCUGUUUAUUCAGUUCAUGGAUUUAAGAACGUUAUAAAAUCCAAAUUACUUUUUUUAAAACUUUAAUGAAGUGCCAAUGUAAACUCACCAUUGUACACCAUCUGCAGUGUUUCCAUUCUGUAAUCGCGCACUCAUAUUCUCUCCACUGGACCAUUUCUUAUGUAUUUUAUAUCCAAAAAGAGAAAUAACACUAACAUUCCAACAUUUCCAUCAAUUUCCCAAACAGUUUGUCGUUUAAUUCAUAUCCCUAAAGCAAAUUCUAAAAAGAAAAAUGUCAUGUGAUUGUUCAGUGAUUACAGUAUUCGUAUUUAUUAUAUAAUUGAACUGGAUUGAGUGUGAAAUGAAGUCAGGUCUUGGAUGAAAGAGACGUAAUUGUCAGGGACUAUGGGUAUACUGGGACCAGGAUCGUGUUUGUGCUAAAAACAGGACGCUCCCCAGCCUACAUCUCCAUCGCCUACCUGUGUGAACUGAUGGACUGUGGAUAGGGACGACAGACUGUCCUGUGUGAUGAUGCACUCUCACUACACUGCCUGCUUUGAAUAUCUCCUCCCAAAGGGCUAAUCGUACAAAUAAAUUUUAAGUGAUUUGUGUAAUAAA